AUGCUAAGAGAAAAUCCUCUUAUUAAGAAAGCCCUACAACAUCGUAUGGAGAGUUUAAACUUGCGCGUUGAUGCGAUAAAGAAAGCAGAAGAUGGCAAGACAGCAGCAGCAGCAGCAGCAACAGCAGCAACAGCAGCAAAAGAAGGAACAGAAGCAAAAGAGGCAGAAGAAGCAAAAGAAGCAACAGCAGCAACAGCAACAACAACAGCAGCAGCAAUUCCCCUUGGUGCUUCGUUUUCAGAGCAGCGGCGAGGAGCACUUUUGGCGUUGCAGCAGCGGCUGCAGAAGCAGCUGCAGCAGCAACAGCAACAGCUGCAGCAGCAGCAGCAGCACCAGCAACAGGAGGACCAGCAGCAGCAGCAGGAGCAGCAGGAGCAACAGCAGCAACAGGAGCAGCUGCAGCAGCAAGGGUCAGGGUACGAUAUACUUCACCCUCUGCUGCUGCACGAUGUGCAGCGGCACCUCAUUGACUAUCUGCAGCAGCAGCAGGAGCAGCAGGAGCAGCAGCAAGCAGCAAUUGGUAGGCAGCAACGCCCCAAUUACUUCAUUCCUUCUGCUGCUGCUGUUGAGGCCCGCAGCGCAGCCAUGCUUAAGGAAAUACAGCGGCAGCAAGAGCAGCAGCAGCAGCAACAGCAGUAG